AUGAAGGCAGAGCAGGAAGAGCCUAACAACAUGCUCGUUCAAGCUGUAAGCUCCACAAUUAGGAAACAGGAUGAGGAAGAUUUGUGCGACCGACGCCAGGUAUGGGAGUGGAGCAAAUGGCUGAAGUUCGGGGAGUCCACAGACGACGUGGAUCUCAAGCGGCUGGAAAAUGGCCGCGAGCGCAUAGUAGAAACCUGGCAGCGGUUUAGAGAACAUCAUCAUGAGAACCCAUCUGCGAACUCCAGCCUGGGCUUCCAGGAAGUGCCGAAUAUCAACAUGCUGAGGGAAAUCGUGGGUAAUGCUCAGGUGGAAUGGGAGACUAGGAGGGGGAAGGGGUUUGGCAAGGUCAAGAGCUAUAUGUCAGAUUUCCUAGAAUCGAUGAACGACCACUCUUAUCUGUUCAAGUUCAUUCCGGCUGGAGACAAAUACAUCAGCCUCAUCACUGGGGUUGUGUCGUCAGUUGUCAAGACUUGUGUCAAUUACAAGCGGAUUGCCGAGGGGUUCUUUUCAGCCCUGGUCGACCUCAGUGGCGAUUUAAGACUGGUGCAGAAGAAGACCGAUAUCUGGGACAGCCCGGAUAUAAGACGGCUCGUGGUAGACUACUACGUGAUGGUCUUUCAGUUUCUCUGUAGCGCAAUGUCUUGGUUCAGUCGACCGUUGCAUCGAUAUCGGUCAAUGAUCGAUAAGAACUUCUUUGAUAAUGAAGUCAAAGGUUUGGUCGACGGGAUGAAGGCGACAGUGGCACGAAUCCGUGACGAAGCAGCACAUCUCGCAGAAAGGCAAGUCCAACAAAUCAAAGAUGGAGUAGACCGUGUUUUAGAUUCCCUCAGUCCACGAACAAAUGAUGCUGCCGGCAGAUUCUUGCACCUUCAAAUUGUGGGUUGUGGGAGCCGGGACGACGACCAGGGGACGAUCGAGGGGAAACUUCAUCACUUCGGUCAGCUCGUGGGAACAUGUUCAAUAAAAGCCUUGCAAGACGUUGAAGCAAAUUUUGAAUACGACAUGCACUCACGGGAUAAACACGGAAAGAAAGAGAGCUCGAGAAAGUUCGGGGUAGUCGAGGAAGACGCGUCCGAGACCGAAGCUUUUUCCGAUGAGACUUGGACGCGCUAUGACAUCCAGAAGACCACGCUCUCGCUUUCAACGUACACGGAGGAUGGCAGGGAGGAGAUUUCCAAUGCGCUCCGGGGAAUCUCCAUGCCACUGCUACCACAGGAGGUCUUGGAUGCCAUCAAACGAUGGAUCGGAAGCCCACAGUCUCGUAUAAUUUGGAUUGAGGGCUUGCCGUCGUACUCCUAUGGGUCAAACCUCUCCCUGACGGCAAUGCAGCUUUGCACGAUUAGCAUGCGUGCACAGAUCCCCUGCGUAUCCUUCUUUUGCAAACCCAGCUACAAGUUUGCCUCAGUACCACACGCAUCUCUCACCACACAGGAGGCCUCUGUUGUAGCGUUGUUGUACUCCGUAACCGCUCAGCUUGCGCGUCUCAUCCCAGCCGACUUUCAGGGUUCUCCGGAUCUCUACCAGCAGCAAUUUCAACUGCUCGAUGGGAGUAUUAAAAGUGCUUCCAUUGCACUGCGGAUUAUUCAAGAUCUUCUGAUACAUGUGCCACCGUCCAUUAUAUGGAUAAUCGAUGGGCUGCAGUUGGCAGAAAGCAGGAGCACCAUUCAAAUUUUGGACGAAUUUGUGGCCAUGCUACGCGAUCAAGAGAAUCGCCGAACCUCCAAAGUGUGCUUCACCACAGACGGGAACAGUCAUGUUAUGCUACCAGCCAUCAGAGUAGAUGAACGAGUGGAUGCCUCUCGUAUGGCUCUAGCAGGGCAGCAAUUGCCAGGAGGUGGAGAUAUCUUUACAGAGUUGAAUCGUUGGUAG